AUGCGCCCCUCGAUCGAGGAAUAUGUCCUCUCUUGUCCGGACUGCCAGCAGCAAAAGCCGCGAAACAAGCUCAAACCCGGAUUCCUGCACAGCCUGCCUAUUCCUGAUAGGAUCUGGACGGAUAUCUCCAUGGACUUCAUAGUGGGCUUACCACCCGUCAGAGGCCAUGAUAGUAUGUAUGUUGUGGUGGAUCGGCUUAGCAAAUACGCUCACUUUAUUCCCCGCUCGAGCACGGUCACAGCGGAAGGAGUGGCCCAACUAUUCAUCAACCACGUGUGGAAGCUCCAUGGCUUCCCAAAAAGCAUCAUUACCGACAGGGAUCCGAAGUUCGUUAGCGCCUUCUGGCGCAGCCUCGUGCAACAGCUCGGCAUCGACCACAACAUGAGCACCGCCAACCAUCCGGAGGCUGACGGCCAGACCGAACGAACUAACCGCACGCUGGUGCAGUAUUUGCGGCUUUACACCCAACAGAACACACCUAACUGGCUUGACUCUCUUGCUUGUGCAAAAUGGGUUUAUAACACUACUGUGCAUUCUUCCACUCGCUGCUCCCCAGCGUCCCUCGUCUACACCGAAACUCCACUCGCCGAUGCGCCGCUCGACCUAGCGGUUGGAAGCCAGCCCCGACAGACUGUCGCUUCCGACUUCGACACACAGCUUGCAGCAGCGAAGGAAUGCAUGCGCGAAGAACAGGAACGUCAGGCCAGAAACUAUGAUAAACGACGUUCCGCAGUCAGUUUCAACCCUGGGGACUUGGUUCUGGUGGAUUCGCACGCCCUCCUUGGCACGCAGGAGGGCGAGCAACCCAAAAAGUUCGCCACACGAUGGGUUGGACCGUUUGCGGUCCGCUCUCGGGUCAACGCCUUGGCGUAUAUUAUCGAUUUACCCCCAACGUGGAGAUGUCAUCACACUAUCAAUGAAUCUCCGCGGUUUCCUCGCACUCUAGCGAGGAAACAGCAGCAGCGACCUCGCGAGCUUCCGCGCCCCGAGGAUACAGUGAUUCUCGAAGUGCGAAUUACCUCCCGCCGCGGCCAUCGGAAACGCGAAUAUUACGUCAAAUGGCCGGGCACACGCGAUCCCGAGUGGGUUUCGGAGGAUCGCUUACGGGAGGCGAUCCCCCCUAAACAGCUCAGUGCUCUCCUGGACCUCGCAUCGACUACACCUAGUGUGCGCAUGCAGGCACGAGGCGGGGAUCUUCUCCCUUACACACGACGCGCUAGGUGGCGGGAGGGCGCUGCCGACCAGCAGUACCUCGCCCAUUGGGGCUGGGCACCACCUUUGGGGCUUUGCUGCGGCUUUCUCGGGCGCCCCAUCGGCGGCGACCCGGCGCAGCGGGACGGGCGGUCACAACUACAUUGGAACGGGCACCGGUGUGGAGAACAGCAGCGACAGCAGCAGCGGCAGCAGCACCGGCAGCAGCAGCAGCAACAGCAGCAAUCCAUCAAGUUCAACAUGACCAUCUGCGCACGAGGACGUGCGCGUUUUGCUGAUGGGGGGGCGGAUGUAACAUGA